UGUUUUGUCAGCUGCAACCUUGUUGUUAUGCGGGAAGUUGUGUGUGACAUUGCCCAGACAGUAGAACUGAAGCCAUGGACCAACAGCCAACUAAGUGGAUAAAAAAAGAGGAAACGGAUGAAGUACAAACUGAGUUACACUUCACGGGUCAGGUUUACCCAUCCAGCAUGAAUGUAAAAGAAGAGUUGCAGGACAGUGCAAUUAAAGAGGUUAAGGAUGACAAGACUUACAGUAUUAUAGUAUGCCCCAGAUUGGAAAUGAGGAAACAGUUUCUUGUGGACCCAUUAAAGACUGAAGGCCGUAGUGUUUGGCUAAAGCAAGAUCCUGAACUGAAACAUGCUGAUGGACCUGAGCAUAAUUCUGUUGAAGAUCCAUUGGAAAUACCUUGGUUCACUGAUUUUAUCAAGGAGGAUCCUGAACUAAAUAUAACUGAGAAUACUGUGGAAACCUCAACAAGAUACGGUUCUGAUAGUGCAAGAUUGACACUCACUUCCCCUACAUUCACUUGUGUGCACUAGAAAGAAGCAUAUGGUUGCUAAGGGAGCAGUGAUUUCCAUUUAUUAAUAUUGCAGCUUUUAUUUCUGAGUUAAGAUGACUUGGUUCCAAAACACACAGAGCCAGCAAGGAUUGUUACAUACAAGAUUGACUCAGAGUACUGGUGGAAGCUGUGG